UUUCCCCAUUCGCUGGCGUCAACGAUCUUCAAUUCUUCAUCUAAUCUAAUUUUGAAUUGCGUGGAAUCCGAGGUGAGAGACAGAAGAAGCAUUUUGCCCACGCCUUGAGCUGCUCUGCAUCCACGUAGAUCUCAAUUCGUUUGGCGUGUCUGCUCAACGAUUAAUGGCGAGAUGCAGAUGAUAUGCGAGGAAUGAGGUGAGGGACCCGGAGAACCAGUGCGCUUCUGUUCUGCCGUGGAUCACCAUUUCCACCGCUAUGUCGCAGAACAACAACUGGGAGGCGGAUAAAAUGCUGGACGUGUACAUUUAUGAUUAUCUGGUGAAGAGGAAUUUGCAAGCCUCGGCCAAGGCAUUUCAGGCCGAGGGGAAGGUCUCUUCCGAGCCAGUCGCGAUAGACGCCCCCGGGGGGUUCUUGUUUGAGUGGUGGUCUGUAUUUUGGGACAUCUUUAUUGCGAGGACCAACGAGAAGCACUCCGAAGUUGCUGCUUCCUACAUUGAGACACAGCUGUUGAAGGCACGGGAGCAGCAGCAGCAACAACAACAUCAGCAGCAGCAGCAGCAGCCACAACUUCAGCAGCAGCAGCAACAGCAGCAGCAGCAGCAGCAGCAGCAGCAACAGCAGCAACAUCAACAGCUACAGAUGCAGCAACUGCAAAUGUUGCAGAGGCAAGCACAGCAGCAGCAACAACAACGUAGAGAAGGUUUGUUAAAUGGCUCUGCUAAUGGGUUGGUUAAUAACGAUCCUCUCCUCCGGCAGAAUCCAGGAACAGCAAAUGCCAUUGCAACAAAGAUGUAUGAGGAACGACUAAAGCUACCUCAUCCGAGAGAUUCGAUGGAUGAUGGAUCGCUUAAGAGAUUUGGAGAUAAUGUUGGUCAGUUAUUGGAUGCAAACCAGACAACAAUGCUAAAGGCAGCAAGCACACCUGGGCAGCCUUCAGGGCAAGUUUUACAUAGCACUGCAGGUAAUAUGUCCGCUGCUCUUCAGCAGGUCCAAGUGCGUAAUCAGCAAUUACCUGUGGCCCCACAGGACAUCAAAACUGAGAUGAAUGCAGUACUUGGUCAGAGAUCUGGUGCCUCAGAAGCUUCAUUAUUUGGAGUACCUGGAGGUGGUCAUUCAAAAACGAGCUUGCUAAGCCCAGGUUCUAAUCAAGGAGGAAACAAUUUACCUUUGAAAGGCUGGCCGCUGGGUGGUCUUGACCAACUUCGGCCAGGUCUUCUACAAACUCAAAAAUCAUUUAUUCACUCUCCACAGCAGCAAUAUCACCAACUUCAAAUGCUGACUCCACAGCAACAACAACUGUUAAUGCAAGCUCAAGCACAAGGAAAUCUGACAUCACCUUCAGGUUCAAAUGAUGUGGAAGGCAGAAGACUUCGGAUGCUUCUGAGUAGUAGGAAUCCUGUUGCAGGCAAGGAUGGUCAACCCAAUGCUGUUGGUGAUUUGACUCAGAAUGCUGGAUCUCCAUUGCAAUCUACACGACCUGAAGCUGACAUGAUAUUGAAGAUUAAGAUAGCCCAAAUCCAGCAGCAACAGCAACAGCAGCAGCAACAGCAACAGCAACUGCAGCAGCAGCAGCAGCAACCACAACAAAACAAUAACCAACAGCAACAACUUCAACAGCAAGCCUUGUCAAGUCAGCAAUCCCAAGUUGCUAACCAUCAACAACAGCAGCAGGACAAAAUUGGAGUCGCUGCUGUAACGGUUGAUGGGAGUAUGUCCAAUUCACUUCGUGGAAAUGAUCAGGCUGGCUCUAAAGGUCAGAAUGGAAGAAAACGAAAGCAGCCUGGGUCAUCUUCUGGUCCAGCUAAUAGCUCAGGAACUGCAAAUACUACUGGUCCCUCCCCAAGUUCUGCACCCUCAACACCAUCAACUCAUACCCCUGGUGAUGUGAUGUCCAUGGGUGGUGCAUUGCAGCACAGUGGCAGCUCAUCAAAGCCAUUAAUAAUGUAUGGAGCUGAUGGCACAGGGACCCUUGCCUCACCAUCCAAUCCACUGGCUGAUAUAGAUCGGUUUGUGGAGGAUGGGUCUCUGGAUGAUAAUGUGGAGUCGUUUUUAUCUCAUGAUGAUACAGAUCCAAGGGAUACAGUUGGACGUUGUAUGGAUAAAAACCAAGGAUUUUCAUUUACUGAGGUUAGUUGUCUUCGAGCCAGCACCAGUAAAGUUGUUUGCUGCCAUUUCUCUUCCGAUGGAAAGUUGCUAGCCAGCGCUGGACAUGAGAAGAAGGCAGUGUUGUGGAACAUGGACACGUUGAAACUUAAAAGUUCUCUAGAAGAGCAUCACUUUCUGAUCACUGAUGUGCGGUUCAGUCCUAAUUCAACCCGCCUGGCUACAUCAUCCUUUGAUAGAACAGUUAGGGUUUGGGAUGCUGACAAUCCAAACUUUUCACUGCGUACAUUUACUGGUCAUUCCGCAUCUGUUAUGUCACUUGAUUUCCACCCAAACAAUGAGGAUCUCAUUUGUUCUUGUGAUGGAGACAGUGAAAUCCGCUACUGGAAUGUUACCCAGGGCAUUUGCACAAGAAUAUUUAAGGGUGGUAUGAGUCAAAUGCGAUUUCAACCUCGGAUUGGCAGGUUUCUUGCAGCAGCUGCCGAAAAUGUUGUUUCAAUAUUUGAUGUUGAGAGUGAAGUUUGUGUGCAUUCUCUACAGAGACACACAAAACCUGUGCAUUCUCUUUGCUGGGACCAAAAUGGAAACUUUUUGGCUUCUGUUAGUGAGGAUUCAGUAAGGGUAUGGGCCUUCGGUUCUGGAAGUGAUGGAGAAUGCGUACAUGAGCUGAUUUGUAGUGGAAACAAGUUCCAUUCGUGUGUAUUUCAUCCUAGUUAUCAAUCGCUCUUGGUCAUUGGCUGCUAUCAGUCCUUGGAGCUCUGGAAUAUGGCUGAGAACAAGAGUAUGACUAUACCAGCCCAUGAUGGCCUCAUUGCGGCUCUGGCAGUUUCACCUGCAACAGGCAUGGUUGCUUCUGCAAGUCAUGACAAGUGUGUGAAGCUAUGGAAGUAAACAUUAGUCUCUGCAUUGUGGCAGUUCAGGGUUUUCUCUGUCAUUGCUUUGACUGUUUGCAAUUGUGGCAAGCUUUGCAAUAGCUAUUUGUACAAUUUAACUUAUUCGAGUCAAAUCAAUAAUUAUGAACUACAGAUUCAUGUGCA